AUGGACUCUGAAUGGAUACUGCAGUGCUUAUUUAUUGUUUCGAUUCACCUACUACCCAUCGCUUGGGAUUGGAUAUCAAGGCAUUGGAGAAAUUUCGAGUGUUCGAAAACCAGUCCGGUCAACUAUUUCAUAUACACUACAUCUGCGGCAGGAAACUCGAUGGAUGCGUAUGCUGACGCCAAUCGCCAUACACCCGAAAGCAGACCGAAUCCUUCUUUAGGUAACGGAGAAAGUUUAGAAAGCGCGCUAAGCAAAUUGAAAUUUAAUAAUGGCUCGGCAAUACAUAGCUCAAGCCUUCAAGAGCUACGCGAGCCAGGAGAGUUCCGCCUCAAUCAGUUUCGACGCUCUGGGAAUCCGGAUGACAUCGGAAAGGCAAUCGAGUAUCAAGAUCGAGUGCUAGAAGCUACUCCAGACGGAGGCAAAGACAAACCAACACUACUAGAUGCUCCUAUAACAUCCUACCACGCCCAAGUUCGGCGCCUGGGAAGACCAGUUGAUAUAGGAAAGAUGCGCGACUACGGAUUUCAGGCGCUUGCAUUAACCUCCACCAAUCAUUCGCACUUACCGUGUCGGCAUACCAAUCUGGAGAUAUCGUAUGAAGAAAGAUACCAAUGCCUGGGUGAGCUUGCUGACCAGGAGAAGGUGAACGAAUGCUUCUCUCGUGCACUCGAUCUCACCCGUGAUGGCCAUACACGCUUGCCAAGCCUGUAUACCAAUUUAGGUUUGUCAUACAGCCAUCGAUAUAAUCACCUAGGAGAACCGGUCCACCUGGAUAAGGCAAUCAAAUACUUCUCUCGGGCACUCGAAGUCACUCCCGACGGCCAUCCAGACUUGCCAGGCCGACAUGGCAAUCUAGGAUUAGCAUAUAGUUAUAGGCAUGAACGUCUGGGUGAACUGGCCGACCUGGAGAAGGCAAUCAAAUGUCAGACUCGUGCGCUUGAUCUCACUCCAGAGGGACGUCGGGACCUCCCAAGUAGGCACACGAAUCUGGGGUUAGCCUACAAAUAUCGAUACAAACGUCUCAAAAAUCCGGCCGACCUAGAUAAGGCAAUCGAAUGUUUGUCUCGUGCACUCGAUCUCACUCCUGAAAGCCAUCCAUCCUUCCCAAGCCAGCAUGACACUUUGGGAACUUUAUAUGCAGUACGAUAUGAACACCUAGUUGAACUGGCUGACCUUGAGAAGGCAAUCAAAUGCAGGACUCGGGCGCUCGAUCUCACUCCUGAUGGCCAUCCAGAGUUGCCAGAACGGUAUGACAAAUUGGGGGUGUCGCACAGGGAUCGACAUAAUCGCCUAGGUGAAGUGGCCGACCUCGAGAAAGCAAUCGAAUGCGGGAAUAAUGCACUUAAACUCACUCCUGAUGUCGAUCCACGCUUACCAGGCUGGUAUGUUAAUCUGGCGGUCUCGUAUAUAAUUCGACAUAAACGCCUGGGCGGAUUGGCUGACCUUGAGAAGGCGAUUAAACUGAGUGUUCGUGCGCUCGAUCUGACUCCUGAAGGCCACCCACACUUGCAAGGCCUGUAUUGCAAUAUAGGGAUUUCAUACAAUGCUAGAUAUAAACGCAUGGGCGAACUGGCCGACCUCGAGAAGGCGAUCGAGUGCAAUACUCGUGCACUCGAUCUCACUCCCGACGGCCAUCCAUACUUGCCAGACCUACACUCCAACUUGGGGACGUCUUACAACGAUCGAUGUAGACGUCUCGGUGAACUAUCUGACCUGGAGAAGGCAAUCAAGUGCCAGACUCGCGCACUAGAUCUCACUCCCGACGGCCAUCCACACUUGCCACUCCGGCAUGCCUAUCUAGGGUUGUCGUACAACGAUCGAUAUAAUCGCCUGGGAGACCCAGCUGACCUUGAGAAAGCAAUUCAAUGUCACACUCUUGCACUCAAUCUCACCUCUGACGGUCAUCCAGACUUGCCAGACCUGCACUCUAACCUGGGGACGUCUUACAGCAGUCGAUAUGACCGCCUGGGCGACCCAGCUGACCUUGAGAAAGCAGCCGAAUGCAAGACUCGCGCACUAAACCUCACUCCUGAUGGCCACCCAGACUUACGAAACCGGUAUGCCAAUCUAGGGACGUCUUGCAUCCGUCGAUAUGAUCGCCUAGGUGAACUGGCCGACCUUCAGAAGGGGAUCGAAUACCAGACUCGUGCAAUCAAUCUCACCCCCGACAGCCAUCCAGACUUGCCAGACCUGUACUCCAAUCUAGGGACGUCGUACAAUGAUCGACAUAAUCACCUGGGAGACCCAGCUGACCUUGAGAAAGCAAUUCAAUGUCACACUCUUGCGCUCGAUCUCACUCCUGAAGGCCAUUCACGGUUGCGAAACCGGCAUAGCAAUCUAGGGAUUUCGUACACUGAUCAAUAUCAACGCUCAGGAGAACUGACUGGCCUCGAGAAGGCAAUCGAAUACAAGAUUCGUGCGCUCAAUCUCACUCCCGACGGCCAUCCAGACUUGUCAAGCCAGCAUACCAAUCUAGGAGUUUCGUACAUGCGUCGAUAUGAGCGCUUAGGAGAGCCAGCUGACCUUAAGAAGAUGAUUGAAAAUACUACUCUCGGAAUUGUCCUUACUCCUAAGGGUCACCCGGACUUACCCAUCUUUCAUCAUAACUUUGCGAUAUCUUCUUUUUACCUUCAUCAGCAUUCGAAUGAUCCUUCCCACUUAGCCAUCUCUCUUAGUUCCUUUCGCGAAUCCUCCGAGCUCCUCACCGGGGCACCACGUACCAUCUUUAAAAAUGCUCUCAGCUGGGCGAAUCUUGCAUCCAAUCAUAGCUACCUCAACCCUAUUGAAGCAUUUCGCACCACGGUUGAUCUACUUCCCCACUUCAUUUGGCUAGGAGCCACAGCCAGUCAACGAUAUCAGGAUCUGUCUUUAGCGGACAAUCUGGCGGUGCGGGCCGCAUGUGCUGCCAUCCAGUCUUCCGAAUACACCCUAGCAGUCGAGUGGCUCGAUCAUGCACGAUGCGUGGUAUGGAACCAGAGUCUGAUGCUCCGCACCCCUCUGGACGCCCUGCAACUGUCUCACCCAAACCUUGCUACCCGACUUCAGUCUACCUCCAUUCAGCUUCAUCAUAUGAACUCAACAACUCCGCUACCCAGUGCUGGCCCAUCUAGUGCACAUACACCAGAGCGUCGCCAUCGUCUAGCCAGGGAGUACAACGAGCUUCUAGAACAGGUACGCGAGCAGCCUGGCUUUGAACACUUUCUUCGGCCCACCACACUCGAUGCCUUGCUCCGCGCUGCCCGAUACGGCCCUAUCAUUAUUAUCAACUGCUAUGAAGAUCACUGUGACGUACUUUGCAUACUACCUGGACGAGAUCUUGUCGAACAUCUCAACCUCCCUAACUGCACUCAACAGAAGGCACAGAGUGCCCGUGCAGAGAUAGAAAGACUACUACGAAGCAGAGGCAUUCGAGAGCACGAGAUCAGGAUGAAGUUUCGUCGGGUGGGUGAAACAGAACCAAACGUUGGACCUGUGCUUGCUGCACUCUGGUACGAUGUGGUCAGGCCGGUGCUCGACCAUCUAGGCUACAUAAACAAUGAUCCGGUCAGCCAUCUCCCGCACAUCACUUGGUGCCCCACGGGCGUCAUGUCCUUCCUGCCACUACACGCGGCAGGGGACUAUGACCAACCACGAUCAAGAGUGUUCGACUAUGUCAUAUCUUCAUACACCCCGACACUUGCUGCUAUGUUUGUCCCCACUCCUACUAUAAUCGAUCGUGCUCCCAAGGUACUUGCCAUAGGUCAAGCGGCCACGCCCAAAUGCAGCCCGUUGCCUGGCACCGCCAGGGAGCUCGCGUUUCUCAAAACUCACACAGAAGGGAGAGCCGAGUAUUCGCAGCUUAUAGAUAGCGAAGCGACUACCAAGGCUGUGCUAGAUGCUAUGGACCAGCACGACUGGGUCCAUCUUGCUUGCCACGCUCAGCAAAACGCCAUUGAUCCAACGAAGAGCGGAUUCUACCUGCACGACGGCACCCUCGACCUUUCUGCCAUCAACCAACGAUCAUUCAGGGGCAAGGGACUCGCAUUCUUGUCCGCCUGCCAGACUGCCAGAGGCGAUGAGAGACUACCUGACGAAGUGAUACAUUUGGCAUCGGGAAUGUUGAUGGCGGGAUACCCGAGUGUGAUCGGGACAAUGUGGUCGGUAGUGGACGAAGAUGCCCCGUUUGUGGCGGACAAGGUGUAUGCCCAGCUGAUGCAGGAUGGCAAAGUAGGAAACGGAGAGGCAGGGAAGGCGCUGCACUAUGCUGUCGCAGAGCUGCGUGAUCAAAUAGGAGAAAAGGAGUUUGCUCGGUGGAUCCCGUAUAUCCAUAUGGGCUCAUGA